AAUUUCAUCCAAAUUUUGAAUCUUGUUUAAAAAGAACAACAAAAUAACUUAAAAGUCAUUACAGUAUUUGAAAAAAAAACUAUCAAUCGAUAAAAUCAAUCAAGUUUAUUGAUAUUGGUAUUGAAAUUGAUAACGAUAUUCAGUUUAUUCAUUCAACAUUUAAAAAGCGUAAACUUACAUUUAAGGAUUUUGUAAAUUAUGGUUUUGAAAGGUACCAUGGAAGAUAUUUUGGAGAAGAUAUGUCAAUGUGCUAUAUGCCUUGAAAUAUUUAAAAAUCCAAAAACGCUCGUAUGUCAACAUACAUUUUGUGAACUAUGCUUGGAAUUAGCUUGUAUUAGAAACAAAGACGGAAAAUGGGAUUUAACAUGUCCUACUUGUCGUUCAAAGCAACCUUUUAUUAAUCAAAAAAAUGACAUUUCCCUGAUAGGAGCUUCACAAAUAGUGAAAGAGAUUACAGAACUUCUAAGAAACAAAACUACCGGAAAAAAAAAGAUUUUAGACGAAACCUCAAAAGAAAAUUUAAUCAACAAGAGUACAAAACCUCAUAUAUUCGCAUCACCAAAGUCAAUAAAAGAAUCUGUGACGUCGCACUGCUCCACGAUCCUAAAUGAUUCAUUUUUGCAAUUAGAAAAAAUUUCUUGUGAUAAAACCUAUCAGUCUGAAUUAGUAAAUGCGCUUGAAAAAUCAAAGGACAAACUUGCUGUAUAUGCUGAGAAAUGCAAGAAACAAGAAAUUGAUCUUCGCAGAUUGAGAAACUUAAAUAUGAUGCUUCUUAUAGAUAACACUCUUCUUAAAAUGAAGUCAUUUGAAAUGCCCAUGAACUUAGAGACCAGAAAAAGAGAAAAUCGUAAACACAUGUUUAUUAAUACAAUUUAAUAGAAAUUGAUAUUUUAAUAGUCGAUAUAAAAAUGUUAUCUAUAUCAUAAUAUAUGUUAACAAAAUAAUGCAAAUAAACAUAACAUUCGAAUAGUGUAACCAAAAUAAACCAAAAACUGUAUUUUUUUGAUUAAAAAAAUUAUGCUUUCAUAACUUCUACUUUGUAACUUACAAUAAUUGGUGGGUGAGAUUAAAAGUAUAAGUAAUUGUGUACAU